AUGAAUGUUUUGUUACAAAGGCAUUGCGCAAGAUACAUCUAUGUUGUUCCAGAGGGUUUAAAGGAACUGAUGUCUGAUAUUUCUAGAGAAGUAAUUCGAUGCGAUCCUGAAAAUAUUUAUACUUUCAUUGCCGACUAUUUAGAUGCACUUUUAAUUACCCGUGAAAAUGCAAGAGUUGCUGCAAGACUAGUCCAGAGUAUAACAGACAUAGCGACUACAACCGUCGAAUUUUUAUUAAAUACUGGCAUGAAUAGGCCAGAAGCAGAUAAUGUUGUUAACAUCCUCGAGAAGACAUUUAGACAAUGUAUUCAAACGAGCUACGCAGGUACAGAAGGAACAGAACCAGAUGAAGUCGAAGAGAUAAACAUUAUUUCAGAUAUCAUAAACGAAGCAGAUAUUCCUCCUGAAAUAGGAGAGCAGGCAGCAACAAUUAUACAGAAUGCCUACCGAAAAUUCAAAAUCAGAAGGGACAAGGAACGUGAACUGUUAAGCGGAAUGGUGGAUUGGAGAGUUGCUGCUAGAAGUGCGAUUCGUCUGUACAGAAAGACUGGAGUUACCUACGAGGAAGCAAACAGGGCCGCCACAUUGAUAAAGGCAGCUUAUAAAGGAUACUACACACGGCGUGUUAUGAGAAAGUUAGCUGAGGAAAGUAAACUCUUAGCGGAUGCAAUCGACGAGGAAGAAAUUGAAGAGGAAGAAAUUUCUGAACACGAGUACUUAUACAGUCAAAAGAUUGUUAAAAUCGAUUAUGGAACUAUUAUACCACACGUCGAUUUCGAUGAACCGAAAGUGGCAGAGGUAGGAUCAACAGAUACAUCUGUAUCAACACCUGAGGCAGAAUCAACUACUAGCACUGUAGUAUAUUCAGUCGCAGAAGAAAUUUUAAAUUUGACUUUGCAAGAGAUUAAAAAGAGAGAGGACGUGGACGUGGACGUGAAGAGGUCGUGGUUGGACGAGUUUUUCGAGUCAAAAUCGGAGGAUUUCUCCAGACGAGGCAUCAAGAAACUUUUUGAACGUUGGGAGGAGGUCAUAAAUAACUAUGGAGAAUACAUCACAGAUUGA